ACUGUGGAGUGAGCCUCGCAAAUCGGAAGUGGGCCAAAUUUGUUUUCUUAUAUUUUUGUGCAGUUUUUCAUUAUUUCUACGUUUAAUAAAGCAAUGAAACACGUAUAAAUGGAUUAAAUACAAAGAGAAACACACAUUGGAUUAUAUAUACAUCACUUUGAAGUCUAAUUUUGGAUAAAUAUAACUCUGUGUACGUUGGAAAGAUUGGCCAACAUUUGGAUAAUUUUUGGGGCCGAAAUUUUUCGCUUCAAAAUUUCAAUAUUCAAAUCUUUAAAUCAGUGAGGAAAUAAUUAUCUUGUCACAAUGGCUGACAGUGAUAAUGAUGAUGAUCAGUGGUAUCCAAAGUCUAAACGAGAUGAAGAAAUGGAAUUCUACACUAACUUAGCUGUGGAUGAAAUGCAACGAUGGAUUGAGGCUGUAACAAGAAAGAAAUUCUCCUCACCAGAUGAUCCCAGAAAAUCACUGGAGAAUGGAACACUACUUUGCGAGUUGAUGAACACAUUGAGCCCAGGUGCAAUAAAGAAAAUCAACAAGCUACCAACCCAGAUGGCAUAUCUGGAUAACUUAAACAUGUUCAUCAAGGCUUGCAAAGACCAUCUCAGCAUCAGUAAAGGACAUUUGUUAGAUAGCAGUGACUUGGAGGAUCUUUCAAACAGAGCAAUAGCAGAAAGUGAAUUUGAGUUUCGAGAGGAGAAUGACAGAAGAAUAAGAAAUGUUGCAAUAGCUAUUUUCUGGAUCGGCAAAGCAGCUCCAGACAGAGGAUACUCAGGCCCCAAGCUAGACACUAGCGCUUUCUCAGGUUUAAUAACAGACACCAACACACACAGAGAGAAACAACUGCAUAACAAUGAGUCCAUAGACUCCGCAUUUAGCUCAUUUACAAAAACUGCAGAAUCACCAUAUACCCCAGAUCCAUAUCACAUUCGGGAUCACUCUUAUGACUCUCACGGAUCUUAUGAUGCAAAUUAUUCCGAGAGCUCUGGUGAUAUUGAAAAUAUGCCGUCACGGAAAUUAGGCGCAACUGUGCCACAUGACUUUAAGUAUGAAUAUAAUGGGCCACGUAGUCCUGGGAGUUCUUCAAUGGGGGAAGAUUACCAUGAUGGGCACAAGCGAUCCCCUGGGUCAAGUGUUUCAGAUGAUAUGGUACGAACGAUGCCCUUGCGUCGCGAUAGUGCUGCCAAGCCUCCAACAAACCCUCUACAGUUUAUAGCAGGUCAUGCUGCCCAAGAGAUGGCAGCACAAGCUCAAUUAAUGGUUAAACAGGCAGAGAUACAAAAACAAAAGAAAACUGAGUUAGUCACGACAGAAGGAGAUUGGCAAAAUAAUCUAUCAAGUUGGAAGGACAAGAGGCGACGCAAAUCCUCAGCGACCUUACAGCGCGUGGAAGAUACAGAAGUCUACAAAGAGGAGAAAUCGAUGAGAGAAUUAGCAGAUCUCCCCCGGCGAAAAUCUAAAACUUUUGCUGAAAUGGUGGAAGACAGGGAGCGAAGGCGCAGUGGCCUACCAUCAUACCCUUUAGAAGAAGAAGAGGAAAACCCAAUAACAAUCAGGAAAUCAAAACUGCGCAAUAUGAAUAUUUACCCAUCUGAAGAUGAUGACAUCUUUAAAAAACCAGCUGUCCCCGCAAUACCAGAUCCAGAACCAUCACAAGUGAAGCCAGUACCCAAGGUUGAGGCUCCUAGAAAAACUUAUUCACAGAGAAAGGCAGGAGAAGGGAGAGAUAUGACCAUUAAUAUGAGCCAACGACCAAACAAUAAUCGAGGUUUUGGGUUUACCGUCAGUGGAGGCAGGGAUAAAGGUGGCGCUGUUCUGGUUGAGAAAGUCACUCUAGGGAGUGCUGCUGAUGUCUGUGAACUCCAAGAAGGCGAUGAAAUUAUAUCCAUAAAUGGGCGUGAUGUUGAUAAUCAGUUCCUCGGACCAAUCAAUUUCUGGAUUAAAGAAUCGGUGAAAUCAGGCCAGCUGGAGCUCAAGAUUAAACGUUUCCCUCAAACAGAUAAAACUAACGAUGUAGUAGAUGAAUUUAGUGAAGAAGAUACAGAGGAGUUUCCUGAAGACAAUAACACAGACCAUGAAGAUUCUGCUUGUGAUGUCACAGAAAACCUUUCCCAGGAGGCACCACGGCAUACUCGCUCAUUAAGACGUGAUCCAGUUCUCCGUGGUGAUGAUCGCCUAUUAGAAAAUAUUACCCAUGAUAACACCACAGAGGAAUUCACGAAGAAACUAUCUGUACAAUCACAACGAAGUAAUGAAGACUUGGUAUCACGUCAUAAUAAACUGCAGAAUAGAGAAACAAAAGAUGACACUAGUUGGAGACGUCAACCGAGUGAGUCUCCCCCGAGACAAUCAAAAGAAACAACAUACAAAACUCCCACAAAAUUCUCAUCGCAACAAACAAAACCCAUAUCCCCAAUUAACCAAUCUGAAUCCCCAUCUACACAUGUGGAUGACUCCACACCAUCACGUAGAAGCAGCAAUAGAUUUAGUGCAAGUCUGAAGAAAUUUGAACAGCCCGAAGCUGAAGAGCCAACUGCCAGCGCCCCCUGGAGGAAGUCUCGGGUCAAGUCUAAAAUUGAUGAAAAUAGAAAUGACACUGGUAAUAAGAAUGAUAAUAAUUCUAUUGACAAUGAUUCUAUUCUGUUACGACAUCCACGUGGUGACAAUAAAGAAAAUAUUACCCCUACAGCUGGGGAACAACAGCUGUAUGACCCAAAUACAGCUGCUCAAUCAGAUAGUGUCAUUACACACACUCGUAAGGAACGAGUCAUUAGCAGGGUACCACAUAAUGAACAUUCUGUUAUUGAUCAAAGUCCUACAGCAAAAACAACUGUUACCAUGACAACUACUAAAACUAUUACGGAAGAAGACUCCUCCAGGAAAAUACCAAGGGAUGACCCUCCUGUAACAUAUUCACAACCAACACAAUCUGAAAGUCUAAAAUCAUACAACCAAGAAAUCCCAUCUCCAAUCUACAAGAAAACCAUUGAACAAACAGCUAAAAUCGAAAGCCCAAAGAUAUCCACACCAUUAGAACAACCAAUCAGACGACAGCCAGACAUUCAGCCCUUGUCCAUUCAUAUAGAUCCACAAGAGGAUUAUGGGGUUGAGGCUACUGUCCAAUCAGAAUUUAUACGCGCUGAACCUGAAAUAGCGUCUCCAGUCCGUAUCAAUCGAAGCUCUUCAGAGCGAGAGUCCACCGCUAGUCCACCUCCCCUUCCAGGUAGCGCCCCACCCCCUCUUCCUGGUGCUCCACCCCCAAGCUUUUCACAAAUGUCACAAGCCCCGCCCACAUUUCAAACUCCACCUAGUACUUCACAUCAAUCACAGGAUGUCACUAUUACCCAGCAUGCCUCACUACCUUACAAAACCAACAUCACAUUGAAGGAAGAUAUCGACCAAUCACAGGUUGAGGAUGGUCUGAAGACACCACCCAAAGCACCCUCUGAUGACAAAGUUGUGCUCAGGCAAGACUCUACUGUGAGGAUAAGGAAGGAAAUUUUAAAGAGGCGAUCAGAUUUCUUUGGUGUAGAUGACUCCGAAGAAAGUCAAACUAUUGAAAAAGCCCAAGUGUUCAAACCUCCCCAGAGAGAACUGGAGCCACUUAGUUGGAACAUGGUUGACAUCAGCAUUGAUGGGGGAUCUGGUAGCCAUAGCAACAAUGUCAGUAUCCAAGGGAAUAGCAUGACACCAGAGCAGAUUGAAGAACAAGAACGUCAGAUUAUUGCAAAUAUCGAGCGAGAGGAAAUCAGGAAAGAUGCUGAGUCUGGAUAUGCUCCAAGAACCUCUAGAGGAUAUGAUCCUGCCCCUAUCAGGGGAUAUGAUCCUUCACGUAUGCAAUAUGCCCCUGUUCAACUCCCUAAACAAGAAAAUUACAACUCAGAACCAGCUAAAGGUCAAUAUACUGACACAGAGACUGUUCAUUCGCCUGUAACAUCCCAAGUAAAAUCCCCACAUUACGAACCAGAGAUGUAUACCCCUAGCAAUGAAACUACCAUUACCACAGCAACAGUUGUCACAGAGACUCAACCUGGUUACCAUGGGAACCAUGUGGAGGGGAAAGUAGUGAGUCCCAGUGGUCGGAAGUCCUUUAGUUUGGAAGAAGAUCGCCAAAAGAUGGAAGAGUGGAAUAGAGAACAGGAGAGAAAAAUGCAGCAGCCCAAGGAAAAUCCAAAACAAGAGAAAUUCACACAGGACCAGGAUAGGUUUAGGGCCAAAUGGGAAGAAGACAUGAGACGUGUGGAGGAAGCUGAACGAGAGAUGAAAGAAAAGGAAGAUGAGCAGUUAGACAAGGAAUGGCAGAAGAUUAAAGCUCUGGAAGAGAAGAAGAAACAAAGACUACUUGAGCUGAAGAACAAGCAAGAGGGGAAAACUGAGCCUGCCCCAGUGGCUGCUCCUGUAGAAGAAGAUGAACAGGCUGUUUGGGAGAGAGAGCAGAAACGUUUGGAGGAGAUUAGACAGCAAGAACAACUGCGUCUCCAGGAAGAACAGCGUCGCAUUGAGGAGGAGCGUCUUUUGGAGAUGGACAGACAGCGAAAAAUGGUUAUGGAACAGAAAAUUGAGGAGCAGCGACAACUAGCAGAGGAUGCACAUUUCCAGCCCAAGACGGCCAGUACUCCCAGAUCUUUGGAGGAUGAAACCCGAAGAGAGCAGGCUUAUUUGGAUGAAUUCAUUAUGGCCAGUCCUGAGCAGACACAGUAUAAGUAUAAGGAACGGGAAGAAGUUCCAGAAAGAAGACCCCUUCAACAAGAAAAUGUUCCAGAAAGAAGACCCCAACAACAACAACAGCAUGCAUAUCGCACACAGGAAAUAGAAGGUAGAAGCUAUGAUCCCAGGUACGAUCAGGCUGACAGUGUCACACCACAGUUUACAAAUAAACCCAGCACAUACAACACCACAGUUAUAAAACGACAAACCAUCCAGGCCAGUGAACCCAAAAUUGAAUCAAAUCAUAUCGAGCCAAAACAUGACAAUAGACCAGAAUACCAGUCCCAGGGUGACAUAUAUGAUGUAAGAAGUGAAACUACAAAUGUCAUAGAAAGUCAGGAUCGACGACAAAUUAUGCAAAGUAACCGCAGACCAAGUGGUAAAAUAGAUAACCAAUCAGUUAGCUCACAGGAUUCACAGCAAAGGAAAUCGGUUAUCCAGCCUCGGGAGCCUAUCUCACGUAAAAGUUUAGCAGGGAUGAGUGCAGUGCCUAAACCUAAACUGAAGGCUGAGCAGUCGUGGGUCGUUCCAGAAGACACCCGGAAAAAACAAGAAAAGGAAAGAAAGUCUCAGAGAAUGUCGGAAAUUAUGCGAUCUGAAAAUCUAAAUGAACAUUGGAUGGUGCAGGAGGCAGAACGUCGACGAUUAGCGGAUCAAAAUGAGCGUGAAAGACUGACAAAACUACAAAAUCGCACGGCAUUAAAGCCGAUGGAUUUCAGUGCAAAUCAAAAUAAAUCACCACAGAUUUCCCCAAAUGGGGGACACAGAGAAAAACCUCAACCCCCACAGUCUUCCCCACCCCAGGGUUCCCCAUCCCCCACACAGCCCCGCCCACAGGAGUACAUAGAAAGGCCCAGAUCUGAUCGUCAGUCCAGACCCAUACCUGACACUAUUAAACAGACACUCAUAAAUCGAGUGAAUUCCCCAAGAAAUUCAGUGAAUUACAGUGAUUACCAAGAAAUGAUGCGUUCUGAGCCUAACAGUCUUCCUGGUUAUGGGCAGCGCGCACCCCCUGCCCCCGCCCCGGGCCCUGAGCCCAAUGGUCACCCUGGGUACUCACAACAUGCUGCCCCAGCCUCUGGGCCUGUUAAACCCCCAAGGCUUCUGGCAGAUGGCUCUUCAGGAGACACAGAUUCAGUCAUUUCUGUCAGUGCAAAGAGAAUGUGCUCACAUUGUGGGACAGAACUAGUCAAGUACAGCCAAGUUUGAUUGCAGUGUGUUACACACCUGUGACAUUGCCAUGUGUUACACAUCUAUGAUAUCAUCAAGUGUUACAUAUUUGAUAUGUCACACAUCCUUGAUAUCAUUUUUCGCAUCAUUUUCGAUGAAGUGUUACACAUUGGAUGUGAUGUCACAGAUAAGAUUGUGACAUGUUACCCCACUAAGCCUGGACAGAUAGCAACAACAACAGUAACAUCACUAAGUCAAAUAUCUGGAUAUGUCCUCAAAAUGAACAAUAACUGAAAAGGACACUUCAAAAUGAACAAAAGACUAAAAAAUAUUCCUAUACCUAUACGACCAUGUGGAACCAUUGUUUUUGCCAAAAAGAUCAAACAAUUGUCAAUUUACACAAAAUUAUAAGUAAGAUCUCCUAAGAAACUGUUUUGAUGAUUGUUUCAAAGUUUCACUACCAUGAUUUCAUGCUGAAGUUAAGGUAGGCAUAGAAGUAUGACUUUGGGUCCAAAUUGUCUCAAGUUUACCUUACUUUGCCUUCCUUAAAGCUCAAAUGUCUCAAUAAAGAAAAUAUAGCUUAUUUUAUGUUUUUUCAAUGGGUAUACCAGAUUAUUCAACUGAUUGUGUGGCAAUGCAGAAAGUGUGCUUGUGAUCUUCAUUGUGAAUCAUUCUGGUAUGCCCCUUGGAGAUGAACAGUUUAAUAUCAUUGUAAUUAUGUUCAUGUUGUAUUUUGUUACAUUUCAUCUGGAUUUGCUGUUUAUUAUUAAUUAUAAGUGACUUAAUCUCUACCUCUGUCUCUAAAGCACACUUGAAGAACUGCCUGCAAUCGGAAUAAUCACAUACACUUGAUACAAUUUUUGGGGAAAUAUUAAAUUCUUGAAAAUGUACCUAGAUCAGAGUUCCAAAUUAAACAUUCUUCCAAUUUUUAAAUGUGAUUGGUUCACUUACAAUUUAAGCUUGUUUUUACUAAGUAUGCUAUUAACAGAAAAGAAGGUUUCAACAAAAAUCUUUUCUAUUUUUGUGUUUUUGCUUUUGAGUUCAGAGUUAGAAACUGAGUCACUUUAGUUCCUGAGAUAUUCAAAUUAUGAUUAUAUCAAUUUAUAUUAAACAUAUCAGUGUACAGUUUGUAAUUUAUAAAGUUAUUAUUCAUAGUUUAUUGUUUAUAUUAUUGCUUAUUAUUACAGUGUUCAAUAAUGUACAAAAGUUGGAUACAGUCUAAUGCAAAGUCCCAUUAAUUGGAGGCAAUUCUGAAUCCAAUUACAUGAAGCAAUUGUGCUUUUGUGAGGCUGUGCACUAAACUGUGUAAAAUACACAUUUUAUUAAAUAUGUUUCAUUUACUGAGUUCGUAACGUUAUGUUUCACUACAUAUGAGAGCAAUUUGUGUUUUCUCAAAUAAAAAAUAAAUAAUGAUACUCUGAGAUUAAUUACAUUUAAUUUAUUUCCAUGUUGUUAUUAACAUAUCAUUUAGAAGUUAGUUUAUGUCACUGUUGUGUUCUUUUGAAACAUGUAGGAUCCUUUAAGUCAAGAGUGUACAAUUUAAGAAGUCGAGCGUCUCUUUAAUUUAAGACAAAAGUUUUCUAAGAAUUUAUGUUGAGGAUAAGGCAGCUCAUUUAACUCUCCACCAAAAUUGAAAAAACAAAUGUUCUAAGGUCUUACUGCUCCUUGCUUUCACUUUGAAGUUAGGUGAUGAAGGGACAAGGGAGGGAGGGG